GCGAUCGCUUGGGGGAAGCAGCGUAAUCGCAGGUUGGGCCAGCCGCAGCCACCAGUGUCACCGUGGAGACGGGCUGGUAAACUGCAGGCCUCCCAAAAAAGGGGGGGGACGAGGCAGCCGGGUGUGUAAACAAGUAAAACGAGAUGGACCAGGAAGCUCUGCAGUGAGCCCACGGCCCUGCAUCCCCUCCGCUUGCCGCCCGAGCCUGACCAGAGGCCGGGAGCGGGGAGGCAGGGGGGGCACGACGCCGUCCCAGCCCCCUGACACCUCCCAGGUCCUGGGUGGAAACCCCAGGCGCAGGAUAGCAUUGCAGAUGCCGGGCACAGCAAGGCAUGACCGAGAGAUGGCAAUCCAAGCCAAAAGAAACCUGUCCAAAACCACUGACCCCGUGGAAAGACUUCGCCUGCAGUGUUUAGCAAGGGGAUCUGCAGGCAUCAAAGGACUUGGCAGGGUAUUUCGGAUUAUGGAUGACGACAACAGCAGGACCCUUGAUUUCAAGGAGUUUGUGAAAGGAUUAAAUGAUUAUGCUAUGAUGAUAGACAAGGAAGAAGCACAAGAGAUAUUCCGGAUUUUUGAUAAAGAUGGCAGCGGAACAAUUGAUUUUGAUGAAUUUCUUGUUACACUGAGACCUCCAAUGUCGAAGGCAAGAAAAGAAAUUAUCAUGCAGGCAUUUAGGAAGUUAGAUAAGACUGGAGAUGGUGUCAUAACAAUUGAAGACUUACGGGGGGUGUAUAAUGCAAAGCACCACCCCAAAUACCAAAAUGGAGACUGGACAGAAGAUCAAGUUUUUAGGGCCUUUCUGGAUAAUUUUGAUUCGCCCUAUGACAAAGACGGGAAGGUCACAACAGAAGAAUUCAUGAACUACUAUGCAGGAGUCAGCGCUUCAAUAGACACAGAUGUCUAUUUUAUCAUCAUGAUGAAGAAUGCGUGGAAACUCUGAUCAUAUCAUUAAAGGAGCAAGAGUUUACUUCCCCCUUUUGUAGGUUCCCAUGAUUAAGUGUAUGCACAACAAAACUCUCGCUUUCCAUAAUAAGAGCUUCCAGUAACUGUGCCAGUUACAGUCAAUCUGCAGAAUUGAUUCCCGGAUGCUUCGGUAGGCUCAGCCUCAGGGGAUCGGAGCAUAAUGAGAGAGCAUAUCUGGCACCCAGCCACUCAGCAGAUCUGUCCCUUUUCUCCCUGCAUCCCUGACACGUCUCUUCUUUUCUGAGACGAGCUGCUCCUUUUUUCUCAGACAUCUGCAGUAGGUCCCUGUGGCUCCUGAACGUAUCCCCUCCUCCAGCGUUAGAUACAGCUCUGUUCGACAGAGGAUGCAAGAGGAGGAAACUGAAAUGCUCUGGAAGGGUGGUGGUCUGGGGCAGACUGUUACAAACAUGAGGAAGCCUGUCCCAGGAGGAUCUCACAGCCCUCUCACCUGUAGCACUGCAGCUCCUUGGCUUCUUGGGUCUCACUUGUGGGAUGGAGCAGCUGCUCAGCUCUGUGCUGGGAGCACAUGAGUUCCCAAUGCUGAGAGGCUGGAGGGAGAAACAAUUCAAGAAGGGAAGGCACCGAUCAGAAUAAAUGCAAAAUGCUCUUUAGAGCCCUGUUUUCUCCCCGGCUUACAACUCAGCAUACAGGCAUCUUUCCUGUGCGUGACUUCUUUCAAACCUCUGUGGGCCUGCUUGUAGCUUUUUUCCCUUUUUGAUUUCUUUCUCUUUGUACUGUGAGAUCAUCUCAGUAAUAUUUUUCUUUAAAGGGCAUACAUGUGUUACAGUAUUUUCUUCUUACUGUUCCUGGAACAUUUAUUUGUCUGGUAGCUGUUGUCUGUACACAGCUACACCGAAAGUUGCUUACUAAUGCUUUUUAUUUGUACUGGUUUAUGACCAAGCUAUGACUUAAGGGAACUUUCUGGAAACUCAAGAACUUGUAACUUUCUUGUCUUGUCAUUUUCUGUUUCUGAUGCUGAAAAAAGGAUGGGAACCUGCCCUCCUGGGCACACCAAUGAGGCUGUCUUUGUUCUGAGAUCUUCCGUUCUUUCCCCGUACGGAGAGUGGGGAAAUGGUGUACAAAGGGAACUGAAAAAAAAAAAAGGAAAAAAAGAAAAAAGAAUUGGUUGUGUGUGUGUGCUGUCUAAUUAUCCCUGCCUUGGUUCCUUUUCUUUUUGUUGUCUUCUUUCUGCUUCUCCCGCAUCAUUUUGCUGCUCUCCCAGACUGAGAUGCUGCUGCUGUAGCAGCGUAAAUGGCUUGUGUAUGGCAGCAUUUGCUCCAGUUCAGGCUGGCAGCCGGCUAAAACAGUGCGGGCUUAUAGACUGGGCUUUCAAAAGAGCUCGACCGAUGAAGUCUCAGCUUGCUCUUAGCCUGGGCUGCUAACAGUUCAAACACCGAAGUCCUGAGUGCUUGCUGCUCUGGUCCUGCGCAAACUCCCCUUCCGUAUUGUCCAGCCAUGAUCUCAGUACAAGCAACAGGUGCUUGCAAUUCCUUAGUGAGGGCUGUGCGAACUCAAUUAUUUUCUUUGUUCUGUAAGCCUCCAGAAAUUUACAUGCUGGCUGACACUGGAAACUGGUGGAAAGAAUCUCUGUGACUGCCAGCCGUCGUAAGAGGAGCCUUUACUUACUGCGAUGCUACAGAAGUGCCAACAUACCUUACAAGAAGAACAAACUUAUUAUCAAAUAGAGGCUAUACUUGUCUUGGCAGCUUGCAUAUAGUGUAUUUCUUUCUCAUUUAUUAAUUGGCUCCACAACAGGGUGUCAUGUUAUCUGUCUUCUGUGUUUCAAAUAAAAAGAAAGUUUUGUGAAUGGACUGUGGCAGUCACAAAAUGAAAAAACAAUUUCCUUCUGACACGCUAUCUCAUGUCUUCAGACCCCACAGUGAUCUGUUCUGCUGACAUUUAAUCAAGUGCAGUGGAAGUUUUAAUCUGAAUAACUGCAACCAGUUUGCCUUUUCAGUGCUCACCCUUUCCAAUUUUACUUAAUCCCAAAUGCAACGUACCUUUUCCGAAGGGAGCAUUGCUACUGGCAGAAGCUUCGACACCGGCCUCUGGGCAAAGCUCAGAGAUCCAGGGUGAGGUUUCUGCACUGAGCUUGACUGACGGGGUUGCGUGGGGGGAACCCGAAGGACACGAGCCAGAAGAGCCCACCCUGCGGGCGAGAGCCGCAGCCGAGGCCCCGCUGGCACCCCUGGAGCAGCUCCCAGCUCCUCGUGUCUGCCUGCGUGCGGACCUCCUCACUCGCUGGGUGUGUUUCUCAGCAUCGGGAGGACAUUUUCCACAACGGUCAAAAUAGGUGUGGAGCGCGUUUCCCAGGGCAGGUUUCAGAUUCCUUCGAAGUCAGUGGCAAAGUUUCCUUUCACUUCCGUGGGAGCAGAGCUGCUCCUGGAGCAAUCUGAGUGAAAACUGGCAGCUGCAGAAAAGGUACACCGCUUUCAGGAAAAAGAGAUGGUCUGGGAAAGAGUAACACGUGAUUUUUCACUUGUAAUCAGAUGCUGUAGAACAGAAAUUGGAAUCUGUGGGGUUUUUUUUAUUAACUUGAUUAACAUGUGUGCAAAUUCAUGGAACAAACGCAGGCAUUGCAUUGACUGGUAGGUAGGAAAAUGUCUCCUAGGAGACACACGGCCAUAAUGACACACUGGGCACACUCCUGAGACUGAGCGGGAGCCCUUUGCAGAGGUUAAAGGCAAGUCAAAGGGAUUUGAACCAGACACGAAGGAAUGUCAGGGCUAACAGUGGGUGCCCAGGGUUGCCCUUUGCCGCUUCAGCUUCCCCGUCGGCGGGGGCUGCUGGGCUGCCAUCUGGGAGAGCCAAACAUGAAGCUCAAGUGCCCGUGUUCAGCUGCAGGCUGCCGAGUGCUGGUUACAGGCCCAGCAGAUGCUGGAGAUAGAUGGUGCUGCAGGCUGUCCUGCCAGCCUGUGGUUGCAGAGCGCACAUGGCAGAUACCGGGAGAUAGGUGGCAAUGCACGCGAUCAUAUCUGGCGCUGGCAUCAAGAUCGUCAGAUCUUGGUUGGUGCUUCGUGUUCGAAGCACUAUUUCUUCUUUCUGAUUGUGCAACAGACGCUAAACAGGAUGGCACAAACCAUAGGAACAUCUGAGUCUGCAGGGCUGUGGGCCAACACCAGAGGCGAAGGUUUCCCCUGCACCUUGAGCUCCAGCCCACCCUUGUCAGGGCUGAGCUCUGCCCUCUCCGCCGGGCAGCACCCUGCCUUGCUCCAAAAAGGCUGGUGGAGCCCUGUGGUCCCUCACAGAGGGAAAAGGCUCCCUUACACCUCCCCCAAAACUCUGCCCGCCCUCCCCACCUCUACCCAGGCCAUCAGAGCAUCUCUGUGACACCCCCAACUGGGAGAGCAGAAGGCACGGGGGUGGGAAGGCAGGGGACAGCCUCUCCCUCCGGUGUCUUCCCCAGGGAAAGGUGGCACUCCUGCAGCACCCUAAACUGCCUUUUCAUUUUGCCCUUUGUGUCGCUUCAUGUUUUUGUCCUGGAGGGUAAAUUUCUGGCUUGGUACGGUCCAGAAUUGUUGUUUCGCUCAUGCUUUCUCCUGCAGCAUAAAUUCCUGGUUCAAGCAACUGAGUUUUGAUGCAAGCCCCACUCACUGGCAUAUAUUCUUGUAGUUAGACCAGAAGGUGUAUUCAGUGAUCGGCUUCAUUUUGUUGGUCUCCUGGCACAAAGCUGUCUUGGCAGAGGCAGAUGGAGGCAGCUGAGGUUUUUGCAGACGAAACCACCUGCGCACAUUGCUGGGUAAGAGCCGACUUUUGCCUUUGUGUAACAGCUUUUACCUGGUACUGCCUCAAACCUCUGCAGCCGCGUGGGCAGAGCAGAGCUUUGCCAUCCCAGAGCUGGGCUCGUGGCCUCCGCUGUCACUGGCUGGCAGAAGGAGCGAGACCAGUGAUUUUUUUUGCUCUCCCAGCUCCUGUCCUCCACAUCAUCAUCAUCACCAGCUGCAUGCUCCGCUUCCCCUGGUGAAACAGAUAACGCCGACAGCAACCUGCCACCCUUGGCAGCUGCCCACUUUCUAUGACUUUCGCUGUGAUCAUAGUGUUUCUCUAGAAACCCUCUCUCGUAGCCAGCUCAGGAGGAAGGGGUGAGCAGAAAGCAAGUUUCCUAGUGGGCUGGACUUAACGCCAAGUCCUCAGGUGGCUGAGAGAAGCCUCGGUACUUGAAGCAGCCCCUGGCCAUACUGGUUUUCUCCGUGAUUUCAAAGCAAGCAUUGGUUUUGGCUCCCCAGCAGAGGCUACAGGAGGCAGGAGCACUGUCAGAUGCAAAAGCUGGUUUGUACCCAACCCCAGGUAUGGCAGACCCAUCUCUGCCGAAACCUGGACCCACACUCCUGCUGGCUCGCAGCGUUGCCACUGAUCCCAACGGGAGCUGCAGCUGGAGAGUGGGGAUGGGGUCCAGACUUUAUUGAAAGCCUUGGCAAGCAAGAAAAAUGAGAAUAAAAGGAAGAGCAAUGUUUUGUGAAAGUUAAUUCAAGCCUGAUUUUCUGUGGAAAAGCAGAGAUUGUGGUAAAAUGUGAGCAAUGUUUAUUUUCCAGAGAUAAAUCUCUUCUUUUUUCAUGGAAAAAAAUGAU